AUGGUUAUGCAUACAGGAUGUCCUGUGGUGGACAACUUGUUAGAGCUGUUGAAGAACGUUAAGCUCGCCAACAUCGCAGACGACUUCCGCUGCAGGGGACAGGCAGUAUCGUCAAGACAACAACAACCAGACGGCAGCCCGACAACAGCCGAGACCCCCGUGUCCGUGCCGUGUGACUACUGCUCUCCAGGGGACACUAGCGAGGCAGGGAAAGGGGAACCUGGGGCUGGAGUGGUGGUAGAGGUAGCGGUCAAGACGUGUCUGAAAUGCGAGGUGUCCAUGUGUCAGGAGCACGUGAAGCCCCACCUGGAGCUGCCUGCGUUUAGGGAGCACCCCCUGACUGAACCCCUGGGGGACCUGAGGAAGAGGAAGUGUCCCGAACACGAUGAGAUGUACCGCUACUACUGCAUGGACGACCGGGUGUGUGUCUGCAACGCCUGUACCAUUGAGGGGGGCCACGCCGGACACACCAUCAAGACCCUGAAGAACACUAUGAAAGAUCUGAAGGGCUCUCUGGAGAACCAGCUACAGAAGGUGGACAGGAAGCUGAACAAAGCAGAGAAAAAUCUCCAGAAGCAGAAAGAACAAGAACGACUGAACAAGAGGUUCCUGGAGGACUCAGACCAGCGGGUCACAGCCUUGGGGGAGGUGUUACAGGUCCACCUGGAGGGCUUCCUCACCUCCCUCAGGGAAUGUUCCUGCUCCCACGGGGUCAAGUGUGGCCCUAGCAUCCAGCGGAACAUAGCCAAGGCGGUCCAGGACCAGUCCCGUCUGCAGGAUGUCCACAGUGGCAUCCAGACCCUCGCCCAGGAGAACGACCCCUUCCGCUUCCUGGAGGCGUACAAGUCAUCAAGCAAAAAUUUCUGCAGGCAGUUGAAGAAGCCUCUGUUCCACCCAGAAUGCGCUUGCGUGGACUCAGACGGCCUGGCCGAGUCCAUGGAGGCUAAACAGGAAGACUUCCUCACUGAAGUACACUCUCACGUCUCUCACCUCAUCAACGAGCUCUGUCCCGUAGUCCGGGAAGAGGAGGACAACGGAGGAGAGGAGGAGGACGAAGAUGAUGACGAAAGCAGUGAUGGAGAUGAGCAAGAAGAAGCUGAGGAGGAGAUGAGGAGUGAGGAAGAGGAGGCUGUACACGACCAGAGUGAGUCAGCAGACGAACUUUACAGUCCCGAAGGGCAGGAAGACAAGGAGGAAGAAGAAGAGGAGGAAGAAGAGGAGAUUCAUUCAGACUGAUGAAAUUACUUCCAUUUAAGUCUGAUUUUCAGUCAAAAGGUCAUGCAUUGAUGUCAGUGGGAGAAUGUGUGAAAAGGAUACUUUGGAUUUUUCCAUCAAUUACCAAAAUGACCAUUUUGGGAAACCUUUUAAAUAUUAUACAUCAAUCUUUAGAAGAUGAGCUGUUUGAGUGCAUAUGGCACCCUAUUUCUUAUAUAGUGCACUACUUUCGACCAGGGCCCUAUAUAGGCAAUAGGGUGUCAUUUGGAACGUAGACAAUUUUUGUUGUUGUUCAAGAUUAUACUGUAAUAACUAAACACUUGAAACUGGGCUUCUCAUUCUAACCUCAUACGUUUUUUGUUGUUGACUAAAGCACUUUGUGCCCAACCUCUCUUUUGUAGACCUGGGUUCAAAUAGUAUUUGAUUUAUUAAUAUUAUUAUAAUUUUUUUCAAAUACUUUUCUGCGUUUGCUUUGUAAUGUAAUAUAGUUUUGGAUCUAUUCUAUUGCUUCCAUUAAGCCAGGCAAGCUUGAUCAAGCACUGCUAGAAGUAUUUGUAAUAAUUUCACCUAGUAUUUGAACCCAGGUGAACCCAGGUAUUAUACAUCCAGGGAAAGCCACAUCUUAAGUAUUUAUUUUGAUUCUCAGGAAGAUGUAUUAUAAGGUGUUUAUUAUUUGAUGGCACUUUGAUAAAUAAUUAUACAUAAUAUAAAUAAUUGAAAGGUAUUGCACUGACCACUUGCAGAAAUGUAUGUCUUCAUAAACUACAAUGGGCUACCUGACUAAUUAUACACCAUUAGUGCAUUUAGUUAGCAUGGUCCCAGAUCUGUUUGUGCUGUCUUGCCAGCUCCAAUAUGAAUGACCAUCAGAGUUGGCAAGACAGCAGAAAUGGAUCUGGGACCAGGCUAGCAUUUAGGUGUUGAUGUGUAACCAGACAAAUGUGAGUGCAUAUCCUGACUUAAUUCUGUUUGAUGUGAAUUUUAUACCAAUGAAAGUUAGAUGAUAGAAGACUUGUGGGUGUGUUUUUCAAAAGCUGUUUGAAAUUUAUGUAAAAGUUGGUGAGCUAUAUGUUUAUCAGUCUAUCGUUUAAUAAUUAAUUGUUCUUAUGGUAUUAUGUUUCAUCAGUUGCAUACCUGGGUUGUAUUCAUUAGGCACCAAAUGGGGGGGGGAACAGACUGAAACAGAGAGAGAUCUACCAGCACUGGUCCUAUAAGUAGCCCUUGUUGUCCUUUUCCGUUUGGAAACGGUGUGCACUAAUGAACACAACCCAUGUCUCAUGACUUGUAGUUCUGAGAAAUAUUUGAAGGCCUACUUCUAGUGGUUGUAGCAAUAGAUAACUUGUUACUUUAGACAUGUUUUGUAUCGUUAUCAAUUUGCACAGUUCUGCAAAGAACAUAGUGAAAAAUUGCUUUUUUUGUCCUGCAAGGGAUUUAAAAAAAUGUGAUCUGAAAAAUCUAUAAUAUUUUGGGGGAUUUUCAUACUGGUGAUUCUGAAUGUGAAAUUGUCAUUCUAUCCAGCCAAUAAACUCAGCAUGAAUGUUAUUAUAAUAGCACAUUGCAUUCAUAUAACAUUUCAGUGGCUUCUUUCAGACCCCCACAUUCUUUUACAUUAUUAAUUAUUUUCCUCUUUUCACUUUUAUGAAUUCUUGAAACUAUAAUUCCAAGAAAUGUCUAAUAUGUCAGCCUGGCCUCAAAGAUGUAACAUAGUAAAUGCAAAUCUGUGACACAAAAGGUUAAAUUAAAAAAUAAUACCCAUUAAACCUAGCGGUUAAACA